GAGUUUGUGGAGAAGGCAUCAUCAUCACGUCAGUUAAAUGGCGGCUGGAGGAAAGACAUCAAGUGGGAAGGGGAACCAAUAAGUGCCCUCUUAGAGGCAAAAAUCUUGACGCUCCACUCACUGCUGUGCAUCUGCAAACUGUGCAAACCAGAUUCUAAAGACUUGGAGAAUCAGAAAAACGAUGAUGAGUGUAGCAUCUGUAAAACUGAAGAAGAAGAAGAGUUGGUGGUGUGUGAUCACUGCCCCCGCUCCUUCCACCAGAAAUGUCACCUGCCUCAUCUAGAAGACGCCAUGUUACGGGACAAUAGCCCAUGGAUGUGUACAUUCUGUGUAUUUGGAACCUCUAAAACGUGGCUUUAUAUGGAUGAGCUGGAAAGAGAAGUGGCCAUGUCUCGCCAAAUAUCCCGUUGCAUGAUGCAAUGCCAGUACCUCCUUCUGUAUCUGCGCGAUGUUGACGAGGAACAAAUAUUUGCUACAAACCCAUGCCUCUAUUUGACAGACUACUCCGCUAAGAUCAAGACUCCCAUGUGGCUGGGUAAUGUAGCAGACAAACUUCAGAAGCAACUCUACCAGACCGUCGGAGAGUUUGUGUCCGACAUCCGGCUCGUUUUCACCAACUGUGCUUCAUACAACCGAGACAAAGCUGAAUUCCUUGCCAUGGGCAACAAACUGAAGAAUUUAUUUGACAGAGAAUUUAACAAUGUCUUCAACAUCAAAGAAGGGACUGUUGAAUGACAAACGGUGAUUGAAACUCUAUAGCUACUGAGGAAAGUAUUACAAAAUCUGUAAAUAGACCUCAUGUCAAGUGUUAUAUCAUGUGGGUAAAACAUCCCAGAAUAAUGAAUUGCAAAUCAAGAAAAAGCAAGGGACUUUUAACUAAA